UGGAUCCAUAUCAUCGUAAAUGAUUUAAAAAAACUAAAUUUCCAGUAAAAUUUAAGUUGGGUAAUGUUGGCAAAAUUUUCAGUGAUUUGAUUGAACUUUGGGAUUACAUAAUGGAUAAUUGGUUAAGCACAAACAGAAGAGAUUUCACAUGGCCAUCACAUUCAAGGGUCCAGGAACUUAACGGUAACAUCGAUGUUGAAGAAUGCAUAUGUAUUAUAGCUGAAGAGGAAGAUAAACAAAAAGAACGAGAAGAAUUAGUUAAUGAGGAUGAAGAACAAAAAGAACAACAAUGGAGUAGAUUAGGGCCGAUGGGUAUACAUUUAGAACCAAAAAUAUUUCCAGCAUAUGAGAGUAGACCUGUUAAUAGAAAUGAAGCAAGUUUGCGUAAUCAACCAAACCAAUUUUUGAAAAAAUUAGAAGAGAAAUAUCCUUAUCUAUUUGGUGUACUUCAAAAAGAACCACCAAAUGAUUUGAUCGCACGUGUAAAUCGUGAGCGGUUAAGAACCACUUAUAUGGUAGAUUUUUCUAAGACAGACUCAAUACCCAGUGAUAGCUAUGGAGAACUAUUGACGGCCGCUCGAUUAGAAGGUAUAUCACCAUGUCCUCCACCGGUCAGAUUACCUGGUGAUAAACAUCCACCAAAUAUUAGAUCGAGAGCUUUUCGUUCAUCAAGUGACGUUACUCAACAACCUCCAAUGAAACGAGAAGAUACUGGAUUCAGAGAAGAAGUAUUUAUUCUUGGAAAAUCAGAAUAUCAAGAUAAUAUCAGUAAAUUGGGAGGAAUUAUAAUAAGAGAAAAACUUUUAUCGCGUGUUCCUUAACACAGGAGUUUUAAGGAUGAAUUGGAAAACAUUUUACUUUCUACAUUUUCCUUCGAAAAUGUGUAAUAUUUGCUUGGGCCUAAAUUAUUUUAAAAUACAUUAAUUUGGAGAAUAUAUAACAAAAUGAGCCUAAUAAAAAAUGUAUAGCUUUGCCCAAAUCAUUAACCAUAAUGUGAUUUUUAUAAGAUGUUUUUGUUCUUACCUUAUCGCCCUGGAUCUUUUGAUUGUAUGUCAUAAGAAAAUUGCUUCGGUGGUUAUUAUGCAAAAUGAAUGAAAUUUUUAUGUACAAAAGUAUCAGAUCAAAUCUACGUUAUUUUAGGCAAAGUUGGAUGUAGCAAUCUUCAAAAUAUUAAAGGCGCUAAACGUUUGGCAUAAUGAUAUUGCUGCCCGCAAGAUUGGAGCCAGCAACCUGCAGUUUAUUAUCUGCAAUUUAAAAGAUGCAGCACUAAACGUGAAGGCAUAUCUGCUAAAGACGAAGAAUGUUUAUGAAAAAAGCUUUUAGAUCAAAAAAUAAUUCAGGGGAUAGAGAAUAUCUUUAGGUAUAAUUGUGCAAAAAAUUUCAAGCUGUUCCAAGAUCUUGUUAUUGGGACAGGCUAGAAAUUUUUAGAAGCAAGUGCCCUUCUAAGUCUGGUUUAGUUAGGAGUGAAAUAAUUUAUUUCGUUCUGGUUAAUUUUCCAAUCUACGAAACGCGAUGUGACUCGUUAAACUAUCUUAAUAUUAACGAGUUCCAUAUUUUUUCGAGUUUUCUUGGAAGCUGCUAAGCUAUACUAAUUUAGACUUUGAGGUAACUUGAUUCAUUGUAAUAAAAGAUGCUAAUAUCUCCGUCACCGACUUUUAGAACACUUGCGUCACUAAGUUUUAA